AUGAAUAGGUCUCAGUCCCCUAUUAACGACAGUCGCAGUAGUCAUAGUGCAUCUAAAAGAUAUGUUUCACCCAAUGAAAGACAGAACACCUAGGAGAAUGAACAAAAUCAUCGAAAAUUGCCACCCACUCACUAAGUCAAAUCUAAAAUCAUCAACGCCGAUCAAUCUGAUCUAGGCAGUAUCUUGGGGGAAGUCAAUAUCAAUAACACCAGCAAAAUGUCCAACAUGACCUAAUUUGCUAAUUUCAUGUAUGUGCCAUGUCCAACUCAUCCGGAAUUCUUCAUAACCAAUCUAUGUCAGGAUCAAAAUUGCAUUGAACCCCUUUGUCCAGAAUGCAUCAAUGAGCAUCUUGAAAUGCACUAAUCCAAAGGGAGAGUGCCUAAAUUGGAAAAUAUCCAGAGAGUCAGAAAAGAUAACACUUAUAAGAUAGAUGAACUCUCCAAAUCAUUGUAAUUUAAAUUGCAAGACUCCAAGAAGUAUUUCUCAGAACAACCAUCUAUUCUUUAUAAUAAUAAUCUUGAGCAAUUGAGACAAAUACAUGAAUAGAUCUCAAACAUCAUCGAUGAUUAUUUUGAAACAUUGUACAAAGAUUUAAAGGAAUAAAAUUAAGAUGAAUAUAUAAAAUAAUUAAAUCAAUUAGAACAAGAUAUCAUGCAAUAACAACAUAAACUUACUAAAUUAUAAGAAGACUUACACAAUGAUAACUAUGUCAGGGCUGUAAUUUAAAUAUGUGAUGGAAAACAAGAAAUAUUCUCAGAUAAGAGUCUCGUCUCUUUAGAGAAAUUAAUUCAAAAUUAUCAGUAAUCUUAAAUUAAAAUUAUAUUUGAUAAAAAUAAUAUUGAACUGUUUUAAACCUACUGUAAAAAAAUGUGCUACUUUGUCAAAAAUACAUAACAACCCAAUACUUCAUAAAUUGGCAACCCUAAUAAAAGUCUCAAACUUGAAGAUAAAUCAAAUCUAUCAACAAUGAAAAUAACUCAGAUUUCUGAAAUACCACCUCCACUUGUCAAUCCAAUCACCUUGAUUUCCGAAAGUCUUUCAAAUGAGGAAGCCAAAUACCAAAUUAAUCAUCUAAAUCACUUUGAAGAUGGCAAACCCCAAGUACUAGUUAGAUUAGAAGAGGGUGGUUAUGCAGCAUAUAUAUAUGACAUCUAAUCCCAACAAUAUAGAAUUGAAACAAUCAACAGCACAAUUAAGGUUCCCUUAUAUCAUAGGUUAUAUACCACUACUGCUGGUAAGCAUUUGGUUAUCGGGGGAGUGGAUAGAGACAAGUCAAGAUUCAAAGCAAUCGCAUCAGUUUAUGAAUUUAAUCACACUAAUUUGUAACUGAUCCAGCAUUCAGAAAUGGUGCUGCCCAGAUCAAUGACCUCGGCUUGUUAGGUGGACAAUUUCUUAUUUGUGGUUGGUGGAUCCUCGACCAAUGAUGAGAAUACAUCAAUGGCCAAAGCAGAGAAAUUGGACUUAAACACCAAGAGAUGGCAAACAAUUGAGGAUCCACACUUUAAAUGUAGUGGUUGUGCCUUGGUUGCAAUAGACAACAAUACUUUGUUCAAAAUAGGAGGCAAGUGCGAUAUCUUUACUCCUUGCAAUUCGAUUGAGUCCUAUGACAUUCAGAAGAACUCCUGGACUAAGAUAGAGUUCAAGUUCCUGUCCAAUGGAUAUUUGAGGUUGCCAUUUAAUAGUUGUGCCAUCAAGACUUCAUAUGAUCAGAUUCUGAUUUUGGGUGGAUCAGUGCAUGACGUUAAGAGCAAUGAAACUUAGGUACAGGAUUUGUAUUAAUAGUAAGAUUUUCAAUUUGAAGACGAAGACUCUAUAGAAGUCGAAAGGAGUUACCAAACUUCGAUUGAGUUCAACACUCAAAGUGCCAUUGUAUAAUUCAAUAAUGUUUAUUUACUAACAGAGAAUGAACACAACCUUUGUUAUUUGGUAAUUAAAAUGGAUUUAAAUAUUAAUGAUAUAAAAUUAUCACCUCAAUCAAGGAGAGCAUUUUAAGCAAAUAAGAAAGUGAAGAGCAUUUCAAUUCAAAGAAAUUUAAAUUAAAUCAGCUCUGACAUUAGAUGCAUAACUGAUGAAUCUCCAACUAAUUUACAUCAAAUGCCAGUUUUGGGUGGCAGUGUGACUGAACGACAGAUUAAUUCUCUGCGAUACCGUCCUUCUGUGGUGCAUAGAUAGAUGUACUCUGACCACUAAUUUGAAUAAGGGUUGUAAAGAAGGAUCGUAAGACAAAAGCUACCAUCGAUUAAUUAAGGUUAUUCUGUGCAUGAACUAUCUCAGAAUAGAAUGUCAGUAGAACCUAGAAUGAGUCCCCCCAAGUAUAUGGAAAAUAAAAAAAGUAUAACCGAAGUUGAAUAAAAACAAAGCUAGAAUAUAAAUGAUCUAUUGAGUAUCAAAAAGCUAAAUGACUUAUUGGGUCGUAAGAAAAUACGUCCGGAACAAGUGAGAAAGGAUUUUCCUUCGGUUCCAGAAAUACAGGACUUCUCCAAACAAAUGUUAUAAAUUUAUAAGAAAAACAACAUUAACCCUUUGAAAUUGAGAUCGCCUAUUCCGAUGCAGACACAAAAUAGGAACAGUCUAUAAAUUGACUUAUUAAUUAAUUUACUGAAAAAAAGAAAUUGA